AUGAGUGCCUCACGAGGGAGAAACACAGAGCAGCAGAAGGUGUUUAUCCGACAAUCCACAAUUCUGAGAAAGAAUCUAAGCGAAUGGGACCGAAUGCUUCAUGACCCACGGGGGGAAGAUUGGCCCACAAUGUUGGGACGAUUGAACGCGGCAAUGAAUCAAACUGCCUCCAUGGACCGAAAUAUUGAAGACGUCAUGGAACAUUUUUGCUACCUCCCAAAGCAAUGUACCGCCAACGCCCAGGAUAUUCCCUUCUUUCUAUCCACACGCUUGGAAACACCUGCUACCGAGGAAACGACAUCCAGCAAAGCAGCCAGUGAAAAGGAAGCGGGCAAUCCCACGCAAUUGUUGGCCCAAUACGAGAAUAGAGCAGCUCAACUGGCCUCAGAGUACGAGGAUCAAAUGGUCAGGUUCUAG